AGUGAAGGUUUACAGCAACGCUACGAGAGUGAAUCAUAAAGAAAAAAAUUAAAAAUCGCAUCAAAAUGAAAGUGUUGUUUGUAUUGCUAGUUUCAUCAAUGAUCACAAUAAUAUUUGCACAAGAAGCACUGCCAAAUGUUAACUGUGAUGAAAUGGUCGCUCAGACAGGAAAACGAUAUCACGAAGUUUAUGUGCCACAUGAAAGCAAUUGCAACAGUUUUUAUCAAUGCACAGACCAUGGACUUGUUGAAUUGAGAUGCAAUAGAGGACUUGUCUUCUUUCCUUAUAUAAAUGGUUGCGUUGAACGAACCAAUCAUAAUUGCAUAACAUGGAACCAAUGGAGAUCUAUAAAACAGUGA